GGUCUAGAGGAACUGAGAACUGGAGAGAUUCCAAUUGGCAGGGUACUCCAAACUCCGACCAUCUUAUAUCUUAUAUGGAAUAUACGUAGUUCCGGCCAAUAUAUCCCUUGACCUGCACGCCAUCAUCAACCUUCAGGAUCAAAGAGGAGCAUUCAUUCGAAGGGUUGCGCAAGUAAUUCGCUCUCGACAUCCUCAGUUUCAAUUUCGGGGAGUGCUGCGAUUUUGGUGCUGGUAAUAUGAGUCUUAAAAGCAGUUCUCUGGUUUCUGCUUCUAAGGCCAGUGGCGCGGCACUUGAGUUUGGGAGAACUCAUGUGGUCAGGCCAAAGGGAAAACAUCAGGCCACGAUUGUUUGGCUUCAUGGUCUAGGGGAUAAUGGAGCGAGCUGGUCCCAGCUUUUGGAAACUCUUCCUUUGCCAAAUAUAAAAUGGAUUUGUCCAACUGCCCCUGUUAGACCUGUAUCAGUUUUUGGUGGAUUUCCUUCAACUGCAUGGUUUGAUGUGGCGGAUUUAUCAGAGGAUGCCCCAGAUGACAUAGAGGGCAUGGAUGCCUCAGCUGCUCAUGUAGCAAAACUUUUGUCAGCUGAACCUACAGAUAUUAAGCUUGGUCUUGGUGGCUUUAGUAUGGGUUCGGCAACUGCUUUUUACUCGGCAACUUGCAGUGCUCAUGGAAGAUAUGGAAAUGGAAAUCCAUAUCCAGUGAUUCUAAGUGCAGUUGUUGGAUUGAGUGGCUGGCUUCCAUGUUCCAGAAGCUUGAAGAACAAGAUAGAAGGAUCAGCACAAGCUGCGGAACGUGCUGCUUCAAUGCCUAUAUUGCUUUGCCAUGGAAAAGGAGAUGAAGUAGUGCUUUAUAAGCUUGGUGAGAGAUCUGCUGAAGCUCUCACUUCAAAUGGAUUUCAGAAUCUAACCUUCAAAAGCUACGACAGCCUUGCCCACUACACUAUCCCUGAGGAGAUGAAUGAUGUUUCCAAUUGGCUUAAAACAAGUUUGGAGCUCGAGGGCGAGUAAUUGGCAAAUCGAUUUGAGGUUGUUACCUGAAUCGGGCUUUGAUGUGACAGCAGCAGCAUAGCUGAAGCUAUAUGUUAGUAGAUAAUUUCAUUUGAUUGAAGGUUGAAACAAUUUGCAUCAGACUUUGAGAAAUAAUUUAUUCAGAGAAGUUCAUAUCAGAUUUGUCUUCUUAUCUGUCAAAGUUAAUGGUUUUGGUGGUGUUGAAGCACUUGCAGUUAAAUAUUAUUGUUUGGAUUUUCACUUUUAUGUGAUGAUUUUAUAUUUUGUUUGAUAUGAUGCCAAAAGUUAUUGUUUUGAAUGUCAGCUUUGCAUUUGUUUCUACAAGACUGAAAGGGGCUUUUUAAAAGCUUUAAUGUUUA